CAGCGCCUUGCGGUACACAGGACACCCAUCCUUUUUUUGUUGUGGGUUGUGGGUUUCCAGUGUUCUAGAUGAAUGUCAGCGGUAGUUUGUUAGAAACCAAAAUGGCGGCCGCCGGCGGAGAAAAAGCUUUUUCUUCUUUUAUGACUGAGGUGAAACAGAUAGAACAGAGGGAUUCUGUUUUAACAAGUGGCCAACAGAUUGAAAGACUCACAAAACCGGGAUCGAAAUACCUCAACCUCAAUCCGUAUGAGGUUUUACAGCUCUUUCCCGAGACACCAGAAGAUGAGGUGAAAAAGCAGUACAGAAAGCUGUCAUUCUUAGUCCACCCUGAUAAAAACAGAGAGGAUGCAGAAAGGGCCCAAAAGGCUUUUGAAGCUGUAAAUGAAGCAUACAAAACAAUUCAAGAUGAAGACAAAAUGAAAAGAAUAAAAGAGAUAUUAGAUGAAGCAAAUGCUAUGGUCAGGGAAAAGAUCAAAGAAAAAAAGAAACAAGCUAAAAAAGACGGUAAAGAGGAAAUAGAGGAGGAUGAUCCCGUAAAGUUCAAGAAAUUUCAUCAUGCAAUCACAGUCAAGCUUUUUGCUGAUUAUGAGAUCAAAAGACAAGCUCAGGAGAAGAAGGAUGCUGAUUUAAGAAAAAGGCAAAGAGAGGAAGAAAUAAAACAGGAGGAGGAAGUAAAGAGGAAAAAGGAAUGGGAGAAACAAUGGGAGGACAGCAGAAAUGAACGUGUAGACAGUUGGAGAAAUUUCCAGUCAACCUCAAAGUCAAGCACUAAAACAAAGAAAAAAGAAAAGAAAGGAAGAACCUCCUUCAAGCCCCCUGCCUUAAAGCCAGAGAGACGCUGAGUUUUAUGUAGAUAAUUGUGAAGAAACAGAACUCUUACCAUUCUUGUUCAAGUUAGAAACCCAGGGUUUUCUGCCUUCCCCUAUCACUGGGGAAGUUGGUAAAAUAGAGGUCUCGUCACAAUCUUGCCACAACUUCUAAUAAAAGUUGUUCCAGAAAGGCUCUUUAUUUUUCUCGUCAAAUUAUAAGGCAAAAACAUGUCACCCUGUUUUUCUGAGGGAGGUUCAGGUUACCUGUACUUUUUAUACUCCCACUGAUCUUGAGAUUUUCUCGUUAUUAGAGUAUCGCUGAUGACUGCAUACUCUACAAUAUCAUCGAUAAGUUAAACCUUUUCUAUUAUGAUAUAGUAUUAUGAUAGUUGCUUUGGAAUCUGAAGGGGAGGUUGUAUUUAUCUUAAAACAAUAGCAUUUUUGCUAGGAAAUCUAGCAUUUUUGUUGACGUGAGGGACCGUUUUAUCCGAUGUAAAGCUGUCAGUGUUCGACGCAAUAAGGUAAUUCUUCGAGAGGAGACUGUUUCUGCUCAUUUUUAGUUUUACACAAAUCAGCUAUUUUUUUUGUAAAUAUCGAAGCAUGUAUGUUCGUGAAAUUAUAUCCAGUCAAAUGUAUUGUAACUAUGUAAACUAUGGAGACGAUGAUGAUUAAUUUUCUAAGAGAAAAAUAAAACAAUUCACAACAAA